AUGAGCAACUACAUAGGAAAAAUGCCAAGUCCAUACACACCCACAGAAGCUCAUUGCCAUGUUAGAUCCAUUAGCUUGCCUUCUAGGCUGCACCCUUCAUUUUACAAGAUGGAAAAACAGCUCAAGAGGCUAAAAACAUGGGAUUCCUCUGACUCAGCAAGCUCUCUACAAACAGAGGCUAUCACAGAGUUGUAUAAUUGUAUGCAGGAACUCAUUGGUUGCCCCCUCACGCAGCAAGCUCUUCAACAUCAACACCAUCACUUGGAGAAGCCACUUGACAUGUCAGUUACUUUGCUAGAUGUUUGUGGAUCAGCAAGAGAGAUGCUCUUCUUGAUGAAAGAACAUAUGCUGGACCUUCAAUCAGCCUUGAGAAGAAAGGGUGUUGUGGAUUCAAGUGUCAAUAGCCACAUUGGUGCUUACACGUGUUUUAGAAAGAAAGCAAGGAAAGACAUCUCAAAGGUGCUUAAAGCAUUGAAGACAAUGGAAAGCAAAAACAGCAUAAUUAAAUCACAUUCACACCCUUUUUCAGAUGUUGUUGAUCACCAUCUGCAAAUGGUGAUAAAAAUCCUAAGAGAAUUGAGUGGCAUAACCAUCUCAUUCUUCAGGAAAGUCCUGGAUUUUAUGUGUGAGCCAGUGUUCAAGAAAAACAUUAGUAGGGGUUGGUCAUCAUUAUUCUCUGGAGUGGUGUCCACUGGAUCUGAUAGGAAGAUUGAUGAUGCCAAGGUUGAUGUACAAUUAGUGAAGGUGAGAUUAGGGGAACUAGAUGGGAGCAUUAGAGAGUUGGAGGGAGGAUUAGAUUGCCUCUUUAGGUGCUUAAUACAGCAAAGAGUGUCACUUCUUAAUCUAAUCACACCCUGA